CUGUCACCCUUUCACAACACUAAUUGCUUAUACCAGCUGUUCAAAAACAGUCCAAUUGGAGAACAGCAGACAAUUCGCAACAGAUUCCGACUUCAACGAUGAGCUUUAUUGACCAGGAAGUCACGGAGUUCCGAGCAAAAUGUGAGAAACAGGUGCCGCACACAAAGAUCAUUAUUUGCUCCAGCUCCCUGAUCCGGGUUGACAUAUACCCGGAGCGGCCCAAUCGUUCGAUGACUAUGUGCCUUCGAUUUCCAGAAAACUACCCGCAGAGCACCCAAAUCCUGGUGGAGCUGAAGAGUCGUGUGUACUCCGAUAUUCUUCUGACAGAGCUUACUCGGCUGAUCGACGACUAUGCCAGGGAUUUCCUCGGAAAGCCACAGGCACUUCAAGUGCUGGCCUUUGCCCAACAGUAUUUAACGGAUAAUCCGUUGUGCGUGUGCUUGGAGGAGAUCAAGCAGCUGAGAGCGGACAUCAAGACUGGAGGCACAGAGAGCCAAUUGAAGCUGAAGCAGAAGAACAGGAGCGUGGAGCUGGUGGCCAAGGGAGGACGCUACACCUACAGAGUCACCGCUGUGAUUCCGGACAGCUAUCCCAUGCAGAGUGUGGAGCUGCGCGGCCAAGAGUCCAAUCUUCCGGCUGUGCUCGUCCGCUACCUAAACGGCCAGUCGAAGGAGAUAGCCCGGCAGUGCGUGGAGCCGCCGAUCCGUAUGAGCAAGGAGGCACUGGCCAAUUUCCGACCUGUUAGGAGUCUGCAACGCUCGCUCAAGUUUUGCCUGGAAGCCACCCGGGAUUUUCACACCGAACAUUGUCCCAUUUGUGAUAGUACCGUGCUACCGGAGUACCCGGAGGACACAGAAACGGAUGACAGUGCGGACUUCUUCAUCGAGCGCGUCUACUGUGGUCACCUCUUUCACCAGGGCUGUCUUAAGAAAUACCUGUCGGAGCCUCCGUUUCCAAAGGGCGGCAAACUUUGUCCCGCCCAGCGUCGCCAUCCUCGUUCUGAUGCCCAGACCUACAUGGGAAGGUCACAGGGAGGUGGCGCUACUGCAUCCAAAACUCCGGACGACGCUGUGUGCGGCAUCAAGCUGGCCCACGAUCGCUGGGUGGUCAGCGUGAAGACCGCGGAGGCUCGCUGGGCCCAGAAACAGGCUCGCCAGCGAGAACUGGAGGAGGUGGUCGACUUCCUGCAAUAACAGAGGAUCAACUCAAGAACAGCUUACUGUGUAUGGUUAUGUAUUUUGUGAUUUCUUUUCGAAUACGCUUAUAUUGCUAAAGAUGAAAUAAAUAAAGUGAAGAUGAAGUGCGA